UUGCGAUCAUGGACGGUGUCGCGUCAAGAGUGUUGUGAGUGUGUAAAUAGUUUGUAAAAAUAAUUAUCUAUUACAAAAUGUAAAUAAUACGUUCAAAUUUUACAAUUUCCCUUCAAUUGAUACAAGCAAAAAGUUUUUGUAGUGGAUGACUUUCUCAGGAAAAAAUAUAUAUUUAUUUCAAAAUUUUACCUGAAACUUGUGACUUUUACCUUUUUAUUUCCUUGACAAAGGAAUAAAAGGUCUGGCUGCAUUAUUCUCAGGCUGACUUCACUCUAUGGGGGAGUAAUUAAAAAAAGGUUAUGACAAACAUCGAGUAUAACUUUCAGUGAAAUGGAGUCCCAUUGUGAUGAGGUGACAGCUGUGGAUUCAAAAAAUAUUAAAAUAUUAAAUGAUUACUGUCUUAUUCAUAUUUUUGAAUAUUUGACAGUUGAUGAUAAACUCAAUGCAGAGGAAGUUUGCAAGAGAUGGAAAGAAUUGUGUGAGAAAGCAUGGUGUCAUUAUCAAUUUAGAAAACUCUCAUUAAAUCACAAAUCAUGGAAUUUACCGUGUGGUUUAUUUCGUGAUUACAAUACAACGAGAAAAAUUUUAAUGCGAUUGUCACGUUACAUAACAUCGAUUGAUUUAAGUCGUCAAUUUCCAAUUGGAAUACAACAGGAAAUAAGUGUAAAAUUUCUAUGCGAUGUUUUGGAAAGUUGCAAUAAAAUUGAUACACUAUUUUUAACAUAUCCAUUUAAUACGGACAAUGAUAAAAUGAAUGAAUUAAUAAAAUGCAUAAAAUAUUAUGCGCCACAAUUAAUGAAAUUUGGCUAUGCACAUCAAUCAAUGAUUCUCACCGAUGAAAUGCUAUUCUAUUUACUAUCAUUGAUGAAGAAUUUAAAAUUAUUCUUCAUUGACAGUAUUAUUGGCGAUGAUUUUAUCGAGCAUUUACCACUUGAAUCACUCGAGGAAAUAAUUAUGGAAAAUUGCGGUCAUAUUGAACUCAAUCCAUUGUUAGAUGUUUUGCAAAAAUCCACAAAGUUGCAUACAUUUUGCUCGAGCGGUUUAACAGCCGGUGACCGAUUAAAUUUCUCCGCUGAUUCUCCAAUUAAAAAUUUGGGAAUCACGAUGUCGUUUUCGUCAAAUAAUCUUUUGUGGUCAUUGUCAGUUUAUCAAUUGAAAAAUAUUGAGAAAUUAAAUAUCGAAUUGAACGACAAUGUGAAUGAUGAAUUUCUCUACAAUUUAUCAGCGUAUUGUAAAAAACUUACUUUCCUCAACUUCAGUGGUUGUCAAAGUGUAACGGACGAGGGAACGAGACGUUUAAAAACAUUACCAAAUUUAACUUAUUUAGCAUUAGGAGGAAUAAGUAAUAUAAGUGGUAAAUAUUUUGGCAUAAUAUCGCAAUUAGAAGUAAUGGAUUGUAGAAAUUGUUCGAAUAUUACCGACGAAUCAUUAACUGGAAUUAUUCGUAACGCGAAUAAUUUAAAAAUACUCACUCUCAGUGGUUGUUCAUUGAUAAGUAAUGGACUAAUACAAACUGCAAUAAAUGCAACGAGACGUCGUGAAAAUGGUAUUAUUUUAUAUAUUUCCAUUGAUCGAACAUCAAUAAAAAUCAAGGAAAUAAAUAAUGAAUCGCCAAUGCUUAUUCUCAAGCAAAUGAUACAUUAUGCUGUCGAUUGUACGAGUAAUUAUAAUGGUUAUUUUCCAACAAUUUACGAUUUUUACCAUAUCACCAUGUCAAAGGGUAAAUACGAAUCAAAACGAAUUCGUUCGUAUUUGAAAAUUAAUUGAAGAAGAGAAAAUUGGGAGGAGAAAAGAAAAUAAUUAUAGGAGAAAGAAUUUUUAAAGAUGAGACUGAAAUUUUUGUACAUUUUGUACAAGGCAUAAUAUUUUUUUUUUUAUUAAGUAAUUUACAAUCUUGGAAAUUUUUACCUCUAGUGUAAAAAUUUCCAUAUUUUACCCUAGGUUUGCUUUUUACCUUUUUUUUUGAAAACACUUUUCUCGAAAAUUCCUUUUUUUUUCAUUAAAAAAAAAGAAGAAGUUUUUGUAGAACAUUUUUAAUUUAGUGCAAUUGAAU